ACGUGAUUUCUGCUUGAAAACAACAUUUUUUUGUUUCUUCUUUACAGAUAUAAUUUUUCUUCUGAUCUCUGGUCGAUGGAUUUAUCACUGACAAUACAACAAUAUUUUAGCUAGAAAAUCGAGUGAAGCAUGGGUGACUGGAGCUUUCUAGGGCGGCUGCUGGAGAAUGCUCAAGAACACUCCACUGUGAUCGGAAAGGUUUGGCUCACCGUCCUCUUCAUCUUCCGGAUCCUGGUCCUGGGCGCGGCGGCGGAGGAGGUGUGGGGCGACGAGCAGUCGGACUUCACGUGUAACACGCAGCAGCCCGGUUGUGAGAACGUGUGCUACGACGAGGCCUUCCCCAUCUCACACAUCCGCUUCUGGGUGCUGCAGAUCAUCUUCGUCUCCACGCCCACGCUCAUCUACCUGGGCCACGUGCUGCACAUCGUCCGCAUGGAGGAGAAGAGGAGGGAGCGCGAGGAGGAGCUCCGCAAGGCCGGGCGCCACCAGGAGGACCACGACCCGCUCUACCACAACGGGGUCGGAGACGGGGGAGGAGGAGGAGGAGGAGGAGGAGGAGGAGGGAAGAAGGAGAAGCCUCCCAUCAGGGACGAGCACGGGAAGAUCCGUAUCCGCGGGGCGCUGCUGAGGACCUACAUCUUCAACAUCAUCUUCAAGACGCUGUUCGAGGUGGGCUUCAUCCUGGGACAGUACUUCCUCUACGGCUUCCACCUGCGGCCGCUCUAUAAAUGUGGCCGCUGGCCGUGUCCCAACACCGUCGACUGCUUCAUCUCCAGGCCGACUGAGAAGACGAUCUUCAUCAUCUUCAUGCUGGUGGUGGCGUGCGUGUCCCUGGUGCUGAACCUGCUGGAGAUCUACCACCUGGGCUGGAAGAAGGUGAAGCAGGGCGUCACCAACGAGUUCGUCCCCGACAGCGAGUCUCUGUUGCCGGGCGGAGACGAGCCGGGCGACGCCGAGACCAUCCCGGAGCACACGUCUCCGUCGGCGCUCGACUGCCUGCCGCCGUACGCCAGCGUCAGCGUGGUGCGGGCCGUGGCGGCGGAGGGGGGCGGAGCCUACAGCCCCACAGAAGCCCCGCCUCCUAACAACACGCCGCCCUUCCUGCUGGAGGCGCCGUUUUACGGCGAUAAAGUCGGCGGCGACGGGCCGAUGAUGGCGAUGGAGCAGAACUGGAACAACGUGGUGCUGGAGCUGCAGAACUCCUCCUACCCUCCUCCUCUCCCGUCUCCUCCCACCUCCACCUCCUCCUCGCCACACGAGGACGCCAUGCCGCCGCUCCCAGAAGGCGAGCAGCACUCCAUGUUCCCGACGCUGCCCCGCCACACCCCUCUGUCGCCCCUGGCCCCGGGGGACGAGGACACGUCGCCCUGCAGCAUCCCGCACAGCGACGACUUCACCGUGGUCACCCGGGCCGAGAUGCACCAGCCUCCCGCCGCCGCCCCCGCCGCCGCGAGGGACAUCCGGAAGCCAAGUCGGGCCAGCAGGAGCAGCGGCGUCCGGGCUCGCCCCGACGACCUGGCAGUGUAG